CGCGCGCGCGACUAGUUUUUCUCUCUCCCUUCCUCUCUCUCUCUCUCUUUCUCUCUCUUCCCAGGGAUGAAUCGCCUCUUUUCCCGGCAUCCUUUCUGAUUGGCUUCCUGGCGCCCUGCCAAAGCGGAAGUCGUCCGAGAUGAUGGCGGUCGUUAUUCCCCUCCGUGGCUCCUCAGCGAGAUCUGCCUGGAUAACGCUCGCCUCGAUGCUGCUGUUGCUGCUCCUGCUGCUGCUUAUAGUGCCGGGACCCGCGUUGGCCGGCAGGAAUCGAGUCAAAGUACUGACUGACGGAGCGUGGCAAGAACUGCUGCAGGGCGAGUGGAUGGUGGAAUUCUAUGCUCCUUGGUGUCCUGCCUGUCAGAAUUUACAGUCAGAAUGGGAAAGCUUUGCUGAAUGGAGCGAGGAUCUUGAAGUGAACAUUGCCAAAGUGGAUGUAACAGAGCAGCCAGGACUAAGUGGAAGAUUUGUCAUAACAGCACUUCCCACCAUUUACCAUUGUAAAGAUGGAGAAUUUAGACGGUACCAAGGUCCCCGAACUAAAAGUGACUUCAUCAAUUUUAUCAGUGAGCAAGAAUGGAAGUCUGUUGAGCCUAUUUCUUCAUGGCUUGGACCGUCUUCAUUUUUGAUGAGCAGCAUGUCUGCCUUAUUUCAGCUUUCCAUGUGGAUUAGGCAAUGUCACACUUAUUUCACAGAAAACCUUGGUAUACCAAACUGGGGAUCCUAUGCAAUUUUUGCAUUUGUAACUUUGUUUUCGGGGUUGCUGCUAGGCCUUAUCAUGGUGUUUCUGGCCGAUUGUGUGUGUCCCACUAAAAAGCAAAGGCCAUACCAGCAUCCUCAUCAGAGAAAGCUACUAGAAUCUGCUCAGCAUUCGAAAAAAAAAAGUGAAGGACUUGACGGAGUCAAUCUUGAUGGUGGAAUGGACCGCGGAGAUCCAUGGUACCCUGUUCCUCCAGCAAAUCCAGUGAGGCAACGCGUCGCAAAACCAGCUUCUGAAGCAGAGCAGUCAUAGCUCUUGCCAGCAGGCUCAUCUUCUGGUGAUCCUGGAUGGAUGCCUGAUGAUCAAAUCUGCAGGUGGGCAGGAGAGGUGGGAAGGUCCUCCUCUUCUACCUCCCAAGAGAACCAAGACUCAGAAUCGUUUUGAGAUGGUGAAAAAUUGUUUCUGAAUCUUUCAGUGGGACAAGUUUAAAGCGUGGUGACGGAAAUGCUUUUACCUGUCUCCCUGGAACUGGUCCGGGAGGUGCAAAAGUGUUAAUUUGCCUACGGCACAGGGAAUUCCAGAAUUUGGAUGAGUUACCAGUCUGCAAUGCCGGGACAAACAUUGGGCCCAAAACCAGAUGAUCCCUUCUGAUGAAGCCUUUCUCUCCAUGUAGAAAUAACCCAGGAAGAAAAAUGCUUUCUUCUAUUACUUGUUUGGAUCCCAACUCAAGAGGUUACUUCUACAGUUGGCUUGCUUUUACAAGUGCAAAAUUACAAAGAGCCUUUUUUCGUUCUGACUAAUAAUAAUAAUUUUAAAAAAUCUAGCUAAUUUUGAAUACCCAGGAAGAGUUGAAGCCCAGAUUUUUGAACAGCAGCUAAUUCAUUCUAAAAAAUUUGGAUCCCAUGGCAAAGAGAUUUGGGUUUUUUAUUUGUUGUUUCUGUUUUAAAUUGCUUGUUAUGUGAGGUUGUUAUAUGAGAGGCUAUUGUUCAAAAGUGAAAGAGCCCAUAGUAUCCCUUUUGCCUAGCCUGAACUCCACGCUGUUCCACAAUGUUGCUUGAUUAGGUACAUCAAGCUUCAUAUGCAACUAUUUGGCAGGAAAAAGAAGUAAUCAUGUAAAGUUAGUUUAAUGAUCUUAUUCCUAAUAGCUUAAAGACUAAGACGUACAAGUUUAUUAGAUAAUCCUGUAUCUAGGGAAGGAUGCUGCCAUUGUUAGCAUAGUUGCCAGUUUCUUUCCCUGGGGGGAACUUUUUGCUUAGAUCUUUGAAUAAAAUCUCAUUUUUAUCAGAAUUUCAGGACAUGCGGAUUCUUGCAGCAGCUUCCAUCAGCAUAUCACAAAGCCAAGAAAUUCUGCCAGCUAUCAUUUUUCAUCUGUUUCCUUUCCUUUUAGUUCUGUUUCCUAAGACACAACAUUCUCAGAAAGUUUUCGGACAUCACAUUCUUUUUGUACCACAAAAAGUCACUUUGCCAAUAUUUUUGCUUAAUCAAAAUUUGUCUUCAAGAAGGAAGACUCAGUGGCCACUUGACAUAGCUGGCUAGUCUGCCUUAACCACCUAUUAUAUUGACAAACUACAAGUUUAUGUGAUAAGUUUGAAAAGCUUUAACAAAAUAUGUUUAAGUUUGAAAAGCUUUAGAAAAACAGAAUAUUUCCUUGCAAAGGCAGUAGUAUAUGGCCUUAGCUGAUAAGUAGAAUACAGUUCAAUUGGCUUAUGAAGCAGGCAUAGAGCAAUUUACUUUUGCAUAAAAUAUUUCUUUUUUGUCCCCCCCCCCCCCUUAAAGCUCUCUUUACAAGCUCAUGAAAACUAGGAAUUACUUGUCAUUCUUUUCUGAACCCUGCCUAAGUUUUGAUGUACAUAAUGGGAACCUACAGACCAUAGCAAUGCUUGUUUUUCCAUUUCCAUUUUCUGUAUGGGCAAAAAAAAAAAUAUUUCACAUUUUCUUCCAAAGAUGUUAAAAGUAAGAUGCUGGCCAGUAAGCAGCCAUCUCUUCCCCUGCUUGCUUGUGGCUUGCCUGUUUCCUUAAAGGUCUUAAAAGCCAUUGGAAGUCAGGUUCUUUGGCUCUAUAUAGGUGUGUUUGCCCCUACCACAGACAAUUGACUCAAGUUAAUAUUUCUUUCUCUCUACCCCCAGCUGUGUUAUGAACCUUUAAGAAUGUUUUGGAAAGGGUCUUGUUUGUAUUGAAGAGCCAUGGUGGCGCAGUGGUUACAAUGCAGUAUUGCAGGCUAAUUCUGCCGACUGCCAGCAGUUCGAUCCUGACCAUCUCAAGGUUGACUCAGCCUUCCAUCCUUCCGAGGUGGGUAAAAUGAGGACACAAAUUGUUGGGGGCACUAUGCUGACUCUGUAAACCGCUUAGAGAGGGCUGUAAAGCACUGUGAAGCGGUAUUUAAGUGCUAUUGCUAUUGCUAUUCAGCGCUGAGAUAAGGAUAUGCGAAGAGGUGGUUCUGUUGGUCGAUUUGUCUUCCAUUGAACCGGGAUUGUGUUAACUGAUUGAAACAAGCUUCUCAGGCACCUGUUCUUGUUUCAACAAUGGCCACAUGCUGACAACUGGGACUUCCAUACUGAAGCAUUGAAAUUAAUGUACAUUUGCUUUAACGUGAUCUGUAUGGAGAAUCCAUAGGUGUCCUUGAAAGCAGUCUGACUUAAUUCUGUGCAGUCCAGUCUAUGGGAAAUUGCUGCGAACUUCCAGGGCUUUCUGCUAAGCAUGUCAUCUGCUGCUGUUGCUCCUAAGAGCUCCCUUGAAUCAAUCUGAAGCUUAAACUAGCGAGAACUAGCCAGAACUAGGUUCUCUUGAAAUGGAGAUACUUCUCCUUCCUGCAGGCAAACAUCUGGAUUUUAUUGUUGAGUUUCUCUAGCAACAAUUUCUCUCUGGUCAGCACAACCUCCGCUGAAAGAAACCUUCAGGCAGAAUAAGUUGUCACACAAUGGGGGGGAUAAAGUUCUAAGCCUACCUGUUCCUUGUUGUGCCCUCCUUUUGCAAAAGGUUGUCUUUUUACAGAGCAGGCAAUACAUAAGCAGUCUAAAGUCAAAAAGUCCUUUCUUACAGCUUGUUCAACAUUUGUGGGCUGGCAGUUAAAUAACCUUUAAAACAAAUUCAGAUACGCAGGAGAGAAAGGGUGAGGCGGGGGUCAUGCUUGAGGACUAUGCUGUGCUGAAGGAAUUAUUCUUCAUCUCUUUAGUCUUUGAAUAAGCCAAUUUAAAUCUCCAAGGAUGUAAAGCAUGUUCAGUAUUCAGCUGUUAAGCGGAUGUGUUUAUUAUAAUUGGUAAGUGUUUUUUGUCCCCUUAAGAAAACAUUUCCAAGUAAUAAAGUUACCUCCAUGUCUGGAAUUUUA